CAACAAUCGCACAAUGGGUACAUAUCAGAUCGCUUCGGCCGGUGCUAUGAGCGGCCCCGUGCUUCUGUCGUAACCGUGUCGAGUGCCUGGACAAAUCCGAAUCUUAUGACGUUUGCUAUGUUCGAUAAAGCAUUAUUGUGGAUAGUUUAACGUAUAUACAUACAUCAUUAAUUUAAAGGAUACAGAUAUCACGAUGGAAUCGAGCGGGCGUUGUGAAGAAAACAACUAGGAACUAUUUUAGAAGAUUGCAACCGAAACUGUGGGACAUUCUCAAUAUGACAAUUACAAUGGGGCGGCUAUGGGUGCUACCGGGGGCGAUGGUGCUCGUGAUUUCGGGCAGCGCGAACGCUCGCGUGGCUGGCAAGAUGGGAGGCUAUUCAAACAAGAUGGGAGGGAAAUCAACAAGUGGAAUUAACGAGGAGAUCAUCUGGAUUAGUAUAAGCAUGGCGAUAGCGAUUGCGGUACUGAUAGCAAUCGCACUGUGCUACAUUUUGAGGGAAAAAUGCAUCAAGCGACAAUCCUACAGGGAGCAGUCAUGACGAUACAAGGAGGAGUUCGCGAAAUAUGCGCUCGCGGAUUCCCUUUCCGAGGUCAACGUACCUUCGUACACGCUUUACCCACAGUACUCACCCGACGGCAACGAAUACUUCUACAAUUUCCAUCGCUUCUCAUACAUCAGAAACAGCUACAAGCUACCGCCCAAAGAUUAUCCCGUCAAAACAAAGGAGGAAAUAUACAUAAAUGCGUGAUAUAUUUAUCGUAAUUUUUUUUAUUUUAUUUGCACAGCGUUACUCUUUUUGAUAUUUAAUUUUGAUUAAAUAGUGAAUCGUUUUUGUUGUGAAUACAUUAUUAACCCAGGAUUGGAUACUUAUAUUCUCACUUCCAUCGACCUAUGUAUAUGAAAUGAAUUGCUAAGUAUCUUGUCAAAGGAGUAAUUACGCGGUACUUAAUGCAAAGGAAUUGAAUUUCAAUUUAGCUGUGAUAGAUAAUUUGGUUCCAGAAUUUACAAAAAAGUAGGUAUAUGCCUAUAUACCUACGUGAAAUCUCCUGUUUUAAGUGUUUCUCUUUUGUAUAGUCAUUAAAAUAUAUUUCUCAAAUUAAUAGACUGUUCUUAUUAAAAUAGUAGAAUGUAAAUGGUAUUUUCAUUAAUAAAAGGAUUCAACAUACAUUAUAUACGCAUUAAAUAAAGUUAAGGUUUAAGUUUUCGUUCUUCAUUUAUUUACAAAUA